AUGCACGUGACAGAAGGCAGCCCUCCACGAGCCAGCAUAAUGCACGUGACAGAAGGCAGCCCUCCACGAGCCAGCAUAAUGCACGUGACAGAAGGCAGCCCUCCACGAGCCAGCAUAAUGCACGUGACAGAAGGCUGCCCUCCACGGGCCAGCAUAAUGCACGUGACAGAAGGCUGCCCUCCACGGGCCAGCAUAAUGCACGUGACAGAAGGCAGCCCUCCACGAGCCAGCAUAAUGCACGUGACAGAAGGCAGCCCUCCACGAGCCAGCAUAAUGCACGUGACAGAAGGCAGCCCUCCACGAGCCAGCAUAAUGCACGUGACAGAAGGCAGCCCUCCACGAGCCAGCAUAAUGCACGUGACAGAAGGCAGCCCUCCAAGAGCCAGCAUAAUGCACGUGACAGAAGGCAGCCCUCCACGAGCCAGCAUAAUGCACGUGACAGAAGGCAGCCCUCCACGAGCCAGCAUAAUGCACGUGACAGAAGGCAGCCCUCCACGAGCCAGCAUAAUGCACGUGACAGAAGGCUGCCAACCACGGGCCAGCAUAAUGCACGUGACAGAAGGCUGCCCUCCACGGGCCAGCAUAAUGCACGUGACAGAAGGCAGCCCUCCACGAGCCAGCAUAAUGCACGAGACAGAAGGCAGCCCUCCACGGGCCAGCAUAAAGCACGUGACAGAAGGUUGCCCUCCACGAGCCAGCAUAAUGCACGUGACAGAAGGCAGCCCUCCACGAGCCAGCAUAAUGCAGUGA